CUAUUUGCGUCACUUAACUGAAGCGGUUCUGCUGCCUGCUGGCUACAUUAACGAGUAUUAGCCUGUGCGAAAGACGGAUUUGGCCACCUGGCGAAGUUUACGUGUGUCUAGAUUAAUAAAGAUGUUAGCAAGCACAACUUAAGUUCUUGGGUCACCAGUGAACCCGGGGACAAGUUUUAUGUUACAGCUCAGUCACACAUGACACAUCAUAUAUGAAUCGUAGACUGCACCUCCCACUUAGGCGCUGCUUGGUUUAUAUUCCUGGCCCCAGUGUUACUUACUAAAUGUGGACUCCCUGCCAAGACAUAAGGGAAAGAGUGACAGCUCGAGGGUUUGUGGUCAUACUUUAAAGGAUCCCAGCUGCACAAAAGGUGGACAGUCCGCUCCCUGGUUGCUCGUGGUAACUCUCCGCCAUGCCUUUCCCCUUUGGCAAGUCCCACAAGUCGCCGGCGGACAUCGUCAAGAACCUUAAGGACAGCAUGACAGUGCUUGAGAAGCAUGACAUUUCUGACAAAAAGGCAGAGAAGGCCACAGAGGAGGUCUCAAAAAGCCUGGUGGCCAUGAAGGAGAUCCUGUAUGGAACUAAUGAGAAAGAGCCCCAAACGGAAGCAGUGGCCCAGCUUGCCCAGGAGCUCUACAACAGUGGCUUGCUCAGCACCCUCAUAGCAGACCUGCAGCUCAUUGACUUUGAGGGUAAGAAAGAUGUGGCUCAGAUCUUCAACAACAUCCUUAGGCGUCAGAUUGGCACUCGGACGCCCACGGUGGAGUACCUCUGCACCCAGCAGAAUAUCCUCUUCAUGUUGCUUAAAGGGUAUGAGUCUCCAGAGAUUGCCCUUAACUGCGGCAUCAUGUUGCGGGAGUGCAUCAGACAUGAACCGCUGGCCAAAAUCACGCUGUGGUCCGAGCAGUUUUAUGACUUCUUCAGAUAUGUGGAGAUGUCCACAUUCGACAUUGCCUCAGAUGCAUUUGCCACUUUCAAAGACCUCCUCACAAGACACAAGCUACUGAGUGCUGAGUUUCUGGAGCAACAUUAUGACAGAUUCUUUAGUGAAUACGAGAAGUUACUCCACUCAGAAAACUACGUGACUAAAAGGCAGUCCCUCAAGUUGCUGGGAGAGUUGCUUCUUGACCGGCACAAUUUCACCAUAAUGACGAAAUACAUCAGCAAGCCAGAGAAUCUCAAACUAAUGAUGAACCUGCUACGGGAUAAGAGCCGCAACAUCCAGUUUGAGGCUUUCCAUGUUUUUAAGGUGUUUGUGGCCAACCCCAACAAGACGCAGCCCAUCCUGGACAUCCUGCUGAAGAACCAGACCAAACUCAUCGAGUUUCUCAGCAAAUUCCAGAAUGACAGAACGGAGGAUGAACAGUUCAAUGAUGAAAAGACUUACCUGGUCAAACAGAUCAGGGACCUCAAGAGGCCUGCCCCGCAGGAGGCCUGAGGAAGAAGUGCAGAGGUGGGGAGGAGGAGCCACCAGGACCAUGUCUGGACACCAUCCAGACAAUGUCUGCUUAAUGGACCCAUCAGCAGCUGCUGUUCUGGUUUCUGAACAAAAAUUUGAGGAAACAAAUGAAAACCAACAUAACCAUAUCAACUCAUCAGGAAGCCACAGCUCCUCUACUCCUCAGUGAACAUUUGAUUCUUUUUUUCUUUUUUCAGUCUUUUACCUUCAACAGAAAUACAAGAAAAUAAUAGAUGCUGCUGCUUUCUUGCACAUUAAGACAUGUAAGGUAUAUUAUAAUGACACAACAGUCCAUGAAACAUAAUGACAGCAUUCAAAGUAAGGCAGACAUCCUGAUAGACGCCACACACAUACAACAAGGAACAAAAGGUAGACACAUGUUUGUACACAUAUAUGUAUUACAUAAAAACAUGCAUACACACAUACUGCAAGAAUAUCAGCUAAAAACUUGUGACGGAAAAGGUACGAGCGACUUGAACAUUGGUGUGUUUGUUGCAUGCCUUGAAAUGUGACAGAUCCAUGGCUGCACCCAGCGUUGGCCCUGUGAUGGCCUGCCCAGUCUGGCUCCCUUGUUCAGUGCCACAGACUCGGAAAUGCACGUUCAUCACAGCAACCGCUACAGUUCGUGUCUAUGCCUUCAUCCAGUAAAGCAACAGUGGUUCAUUUUAGUGAUUUGUGGGGACGUGUUCUCAGAUGCCAUCACACAGAACCAUUUACCUCCCCUGUGCUUUGUUAUGACACAGCACUUGAAGCACAUGAGGAAAGGAGGGAGUGGAUGUAAGGUAUGAAUUUGGUGAAGCCCAAGAGUUGGGUCUCUUUAUGGUUUUUUUGGGACAGGGUGAACAUGUACAUAUGCCUUUUUUUUUUUCUUUGCUUUGUAGAUUUUUGUUAAACCUUGACAUGAAUAUAUAUUAUAUAUAUAUUACCUUAAACAUCACGUUUCUGGUUAAUUGUAAUCCAAUUACUUUCUAAACCAUAAGAGAGACAAGUCGAGUGACAUUGUUUUUGCAUUUAAUUUUACUGCUGAAAUGGUUGCUGGUGGGGGGUUUUGUACAUAACUUAAAGGGCCAGCUCACGUUUAGCUAACCUAUAGGAUAUUAACAAUUUGUACAGCAGAGGAAUGUCAUGGUAUUAGCUCUGGAUCUGUUAAUCCUCUUUUUAUUCUCCAUCUACAUUUUGAGUAUCUCUCAGACUGCUGAAAGCGUGCAGGGGUGUGAGCAGUGCAGGAGGGGAGGGAGGACGGGGAUUUAGAGAGCAUUAACUGAAACAAUAAGCCUGUGUGUUUGUGCACUUUUUGAGGUGCUGAGUGAUCAACAUCACCUAACUGAAGUCGAGGAUUGCGGGUGUUUUUCCCCUCCUCCUCAAUUUCUUUAACGUUUUUUUUUUCCACCAGGACAUUGGCAACUCAGCCCACCAUUCUUACAUUUCCCCCUUUCCCUCAUGUUUGAGCCUUUCCUUUCUAAGAGUUUAUAAUUCCAGUACAAUUAUGAGUGUAAAGCAUUGUGGGUGGCAGAGUACUUUGGCCAUGUUAGUUUGUCCUCAUGGUGCUGAGCAAAACUGGUGUAACCACAGAUUUGUUAAUUUACAGUGAACGACAUGGUCCUGCUAAUGAGAUACAAAUCCAUUGAAAUAAGAGGCAAAUCAGAAACCAUCUCAGUGCAGACAGCAGCACUACUCACCGUUCCUCCAUUCGCAUUGAACAUGCAUGUUCCUCCACUGGCUGUGCAUGAUGCUGUACUAAAGAUGUUGUACUGGAAUUGUUUCUUUUCCCCAACUGUUUAACAACAAUGAAAUGUCAAAUUGAACUUUUGGCUGUAUUUCUGUAUGCUGACUUUGACUCCAGUUUCAGCAUAGAGAGCGUGGGUGCUGUCAGAGGUGUCAAAGGCCUGGGCCCUACAAUUGAAAUAAAAGAGAAAAAAAAGCCAA